CAAAAUUGAAAGGUUUCCGACCCUGGGUCAAUUUUUUGUUGCCGCAGAGUCAACUUUGUAAUGAAAAAAUUUGCGAACUUAUGCAAUCGGCGCCUCCGCCGGUGCCGGCUCCGGCUCCCGUGCCUGCACCGGAACCAGCUCCUAUCUUGGCCCCUGCACCAGCACCUGCCCCAGCUCCAGCUCCGCCGCUAGAGCCCGCCAGCGUGGAAGAUUCGGAAUUCGCUAAGAUGAUGAAUCCGCUUUCGGUGGCUGAGCUGCGGCAACGCCAGCCCCCGAUCAAAUGGCGAACUGGCGACUAUACGAAAGACGAUCCGAAUCGUGUAGAGGUGAUGAUAUCAAAGGAGGUCGCCCAUCAUCGCUGGGCCGUCAUGGACAGACUGAGCCAUUCGGAGCGCAGGCGUGGCAACACCCAUGCCCUGAUCGUAGCGGGCGUCAGAUCCAUUUAUGGUCAGCCGGUUCGACAGCUGGCCGAAUUCGCCUAUCUCUGCGAUUGCCUGCUGCCCGACAUGGUGCUCGUGCUGCUGCGUAAUCGCCUGAUGGAGCUGCGCGCAAUACUCUUCCAGCCGGAGGAGCGAGAGUAUAUAGAUCCUACGCUGACGACAUACGCCUGCCAGCGCUUCAAUGUGGACAAGGUGCUGCCGAUGUCGGCCUUCAAGGAGACGUUGUACCGCAAGCUUCACAAUAUUAGCGCCAAAUUGUGGUACACCAAGGAUGCGAGUCGAUUGACUCAGAUUGUCAAGGAGCUGGCCUACGACCUCAAGCUGAACAUCGAUUGUCCCCGCCACAUGAUGCAGUGCGUGCGCAGCGUUAAAACGAAGCGGGAGCUGACUGCCAUACGGCGGGCCAACUGGAUAGCUUCCGAAUCGAUGCAGGAGGUGAUUAUGGAGCAUGAGGCCUACCAGGGCAAACACGAAAUUGGUUUGCUCUUCGAUGAGAAGUGUCGCCAGCGCUACGCCUACCAGGAGCUGCCCUAUGCACCGAAGCUGACGGCCGGCCUGGGCAAUGUGUGGCUAAUGGACGGAGCCUGUCAAUACGCGGGCUACCACGGGGGCUUGGCCAGAUACUGGCCCAUCCUAGGACGCUUCUCGCCACCGCAGAAGGUGCUCUACAACAUGCUGCUCGAGAUCCGCUCCAAGCUGUGCCUGCUGAUGAGCAACAAGAGGAGCAUUGUGCGCACACCCCGGGAACUGCACGCCACCUUCCUCAUCCUGCUGGCAGCUCAUCUGCAGAAGAUGCGUGUGCUGCCGGACAACCUGAUGCGUCGGCCGGGCAGCUACAAGUCCGUAACUCGUUUCACUUGCUUCUCCACGCUCAUCAAGCAUGUGGGCCUGGACUGCGAGAUCAAUCAGGACCAAAUGCUCAACUAUAAGCUGAUGCCCGGCAACGUCAUCUCGCUGCAGCUGUCGGUCGUUAUACCGAGUGACUGUCUGCAAGCCUAUCCGGAAUUCCGUGGCCUCGUCUGCAUCCUCAACGAUUGUGUUCACAUCAAAGACAAUCACGAUGUGGAACUGCUCACCGACGGCUGUGUGUCCAUUGCCCGCGACGUGGAGGAGCUGCGCGACAGUAGCAAACGUUCCAAGCUGGCCAACUGAAAGAACGAUUUAUCAAUAAUUUCCAAAUUGCGUAUCGGCCUGUUUUGUACAGAAGUGUAUUGUAUAUAUAUAUAACGUAUGCAUGUAUAUUGCGACUUGAACCGUUUUAGGACAAGCUUACGUGCUGUAAAUUAAAUAUUGUGUUUACCUUUUCCAGAUACAGAAA